AUGGCUUCUUCUUCAACAACACCACACGAUCCAGGGUAUGAAGAUAUGACUGGCAAAAUGGCUGCUUUACUACACAAUGAAGAGGAAGAUUUUGAGGUACCGAAUGAUAUUGUGGAGUCUCAAACAUCACAGAAAUACUCUCUGGUGAUCACAACCAUAAUCAUAAGAGAAUAUGGUUUAAAUAUACACUAUAAUAUUCUUCACAGAUCAUGGAGACCAUCAGGAAUAAUAGAGGUUGCAAGUUUUGGCAAGGCAAUUUACUUAGUUCAUUUCGAACUGGGAUGCGAUUACAACUCAGUAAUCACCAUAUCCCCUUGGGGUUUAAAUGAAGAUCUCUUACUAAUAGAACUAUAUGAUCCUGACAAACUACCAGCAGAAUAUGAGUUCAAGUUUGUUGAUUUCACAGUCCAGAUUCAUGGACUUCCAAGAAGUGUUCAAACAAUCAAAAUGGUGGAGUUUAUUGCAAGCAAGAUAGGAACCCCUUACCACAUUUCUGAAUCUGAGCAGGCAAAGUACGGCAGUUUUGCAAAAGUAAGAGUCAAGAUGGAUAUCACUGCAUCUAUCAGACAAGAGUUAAAUUUGACAUUGCCAUCCAAAAAGAAAUGCAAGGCGAAGUUGAGGUAUGAAAGACUGCAUAGAGUAUGUUUUUACUGCGGUAAGUUUGGUCACAUAAUGAAGCAGUUCCCAGAUAUCUCAAAAGAAUGUGAGAAGAUGGGAUUCUUCUCUCCAGAAGUUUUCAUGGAAAAAAUGCAGGAUAUGUAG